AUGUACUCACAUGUUAGCAGCACAAAGACUUCUUUAGACGCGCUUCCCCUAAGAAGCACUCAUUAUCUUGUCUUUCUUACGCUUGUUCUUGGUGGUUUGCAGCUAACAUGUAUGGUCGGUUGUGCUGGGCUAUGGGACGCCAUACUUGUUUUCUCUUGGGCUGACAAAGCACGGGACAUCACUGGUGUGGAUGGCAGGACCGUUGACGGGGAUUAUUAUGCAGCCGCUGAUUGGGUUUUUUUCAGACAGGUCAAGGACAGUGAUUGGGAGGCGGCGGCCGUUUAUGGUGGUGGGGGUAGUGGGGGUGGUGGUGUGUUUGAUGGGAAGCAACCAAGAAUUGAGCGGGUAGUAGUGGUAGUGGUUUCGGUUGUUAUGAUUUAUCUGCUUGAUUUUUCGAUCAACAUUGUGCAAGCGAGUAGUCGGGCGCUGAUUAUUGAUAUGGUUCCGGCGGAGCAGCAGGAUACAGCAAAUGCAUGGGCGAGCCGUAUGAUAGGGGUUUUUAAUGUGGUGGGGUACAUGAAUGGGUAUUUGGACCUGCCAAAGAUUGCACCGGUAUUUGGGAACACGGAGUUCAAGGCGUUGAGUUUUAUCAGUUCUAUGGUGCUUGUUGUGUGCAUGUGUAUUACUUUUUUUACGGCAAAGGAGAACCGGUAUCUUGUUCAAAGGGAGCAUGUGUUUCCGAAUGCAACAUGGACAAGUGAAUUUGUUAGUUUUUUUAAAACAAUGUUUUCGACUGUUCUUUCUCUUCCUUCCGGAAUUUUUUGGGUAUGCAUUGUUCAGUUUUUUGCAUGGAUUGGUAAAGAAUGUGCUAAUGUUGACUCUGAAAAGGUUUCCAGUUCUUUUUUAUGUAAUUGUUUUCCCUCUGGGUUGAUUAUGCUUAAUAUCUUCAAGGGAACGACAUACGUUGCAGAAAUAUAUGCUGAAAAUUAUUGUACUCGUUAUUCCAAUUCUUUAAACAGGUCAAUUGAUUCUGAAGAUAUGUAUUCGCAGAUAGAAGAGGUAACACGGUACGGAUCGUUUGCCUUUAUGCUUUUUUCAAUUAUUUCUUUAUUUGGGACACUUUUAUUUCCUAUGAUUGCUUCGUCUGAGAAGAAAAUAGUUAAAUAUAUUUUGGGCAUGAAGUAUUUUAAUUUUAUAGAUAAACUUAAUAUUCCUUCUCUAUGGACAAUGAGCCAUUUUCUUUUUAGUUUCUGUAUGCUUUUGACGAUUUUUGUGCACAAUGUGUCCUAUGCAACGACUAUCGUUGCACUUUGUGGUUUGAGCUGGUCCAUCACAUUAUGGGCGCCUUUUUCUUUAAUUUCAACUGAACUCUCUUUAAAAAACGAAUUGCAUCGCUCCGGAACUAUUCUUGGUCUUCAUAACAUAUUUAUUAGUGCUCCUCAGGUUCUCAGUAUUAUUAUAGCUGGAAUUAUUUUCAAAUUUACUGGAUACAAAAAAUUCGAAGAUAUCGUAUCAUGCAAAAGUAAAAUGGAUUAUAGUCUUGUAUGGGUCUUUCAAAUAAGUGGCAUCGCUGCACUUGUUGCCAUGUAUCUUAGCUUCAAAAUUUCUUCUGAGUAUACUUAUAUCAGUGGUUGA